GAAGUCCGCUAAAUUUUAAACAGUGUUAAAGAGCAUGGGAAUUUUAACCACUCGCGAGACGAGAGAAUCCAAUUAUUGAAGGUGAAAAAUGAAGGGGCAAUGAGUUACUUACAACACAAGUGAAGCCGUUGGAGUCUUGAAGAAGAACAAGAGAUUGUGUUGUUGAUAUACCUCCAGGCUCCAGCUUUUGUUUUCUGAUUGCGGCUAAUUUUCCCAAACCAGAGGAAUCGGAAUCCCAGUCCUCUUCCCAGUGUCUUCCAUCAGACAAACAACACCAAUCUCUCUCUCUCUCUCUCCGUAUACCCACCAAACUCUACCUUCAAAUGUUAGGCAACCUCCAUAUCUCUGCUCAAAUUAUCCAAACCAUAAUCCCAUCUGAUUAGCCUCGCAAAACCCGAUUAAAUUUGAAUUAAGGAUCAUGGGGUUUAGGCGCAAUCCUUGCUUGAGCUUAAAGCUCAGAACUUUUUUUACUCAGAUAAUACGGAAUUGAAGAAAGUAACUUGCUUUUUUCGGGUGUCGAGUUUCAAGAAGCUUUGAUGAAGCUGAUGGUCCACAAAUCAAAAGAGAACGAAUGGGCUUUCGCGACGCCGGAAAGAGCUGCGGAGAUGAGCAGUGCAAGCAUGAGUCCCCGGCGGAGAUGGAAGCUUUUUCAGAGGUCGUCGUCGGCAAUUCCGUCGAAAACUUCAAAGCCGCAAGCUCCCAAAGAGUUCGUCUGUCCAAUCUCCGGUUCUCUAAUGGCGGACCCGGUCAUCGUUUCGUCCGGCCACACCUUCGAGCGCGCCUGCGUCCAAGCCUGCAAGUCCCUCAGCUUCACGCCUGUUCUUCCGGACUCUCCGCCGCCAGAUUUCUCCUCCGUAAUCUCCAACCUCGCCCUCAGGUCCGCCAUUCUCAGCUGGUGCCACAAGUCCUCCGUCGAUCCUCCCAAGCCCCUCGAUUUCGCCUCCGCCGAGAAGAUCGUCCGCGCCUCCAUUGGUUCCCGGAACGAAACUAAGCCCCAGAACGUCGUAGUUUCGGAUAAUCAGCUGUUGAUCAACCCUACAGUGAAUUUCACUCAGGCGGCCACCGAGCAGACUCGACUCCCAACUCACUUCCCCUCGAGCUCCGACGAAUCGGUCUCCGCGGCUCCGCCUCUCCCGUUCUCAACUCCACCGAGAUGCUACUCCUCCCCGUCGUCUUCAUCCUCGGAACUUGAAACUUUAAAUCCCAACUGCAACAGCAAUCCCUCCCUCUCCGUAGAAGACGAAAUCCCGAUCAAGCUCAGAAGCUGCCACGUGUUCGAAAUCGAGGAGGCCCUGGCCUCGCUCAGGAAUAUCACGCGGACGAGAGAGGACGCCCGGGCCCGUCUCUGCACCCCGCGGUUGCUCUCCGCCCUCCGCCCUCUGAUUACAUCCAGGUACACCGCCGUUCAGGUGGACUCCGUCGCAGCGUUGGUCAAUCUGUCGCUGGAAAAGUCAAACAAGAUUAAGAUCGUACGGUCAGGAGUCCUCCCUCCUCUGAUCGACGUGCUCAAGGCCGGAACCCCUGAGGCGCAGGAACACGCUUCCAGUGCGCUCUUCAGCUUGGCACUCGACGACGACUGCAAGACCGCCAUUGGUGUUUUGGGCGCGUUGCCGCCAUUGCUGCACUUACUCCGGUCCGAGAGCGAGCGGACUCGGCAUGACUCGGCACUCGCUUUGUACCACCUCUCACUCGUCCAGAGCAACCGGUCCAAGUUGGUUAAGCUCGGCUCGGUUCCGGUUCUUCUGAGAAUGUUGAAGUCGGGUCACAUGACCGGUCGGGUAUUGCUCACAUUGUGUAAUUUGAGUUUGUGUGCCGACGGGCGGGCCGCAUUGUUGGAUUCUGGUGGGGUGGAGUGUUUGGUGGGCGUGUUAAGGGGAAACGAGUUUGACUCGAAGGCGACACAAGAGAGUUGUGUGGCCACAAUGUAUGGGUUGAGCUACGGCGGUUUGAGGUUCAAGGGGCUGGCGAAGAAGGCGGGCGUGGUGGAGGUGUUGAGAGAGGUGGAGAAAAAGGGAAGCGAACGGGCGAGGGAGAAAGCGAGGCGGAUGUUGGAGAUGAUGAGAGGGAAAGAGAAGGAAGAAGAAGAUGAAGUGGAUUGGGCGGAAUUGCUCAACUCGGGGUUUGGGAGCCGAACUCGGUGUCAACCCGGUGGUGGACUGGACGAGUCGAGUGUCAACUCAUUGGACUUUUGAGUACAUAAUUUGGCGGUUUUUUUCGGGUACAGGUUUUUUGUUCAUUAUAAUUUUUUGAGUGCUUUCAAUUUAGUUCAUGUGUUUUUAAUAUGAACAAAUAUAAAUUGCAUGGUUUUAAAUUUAUACCAAAAACAUAAUGAAA